GAGAGAGAGAGAGAGAGAGAGAGAGAGAGAGAGAGAGGGGGAGGGAGAGAGAGAGAGAGGACACUGACUGACUGAUCAGCUGUCUGACUCCAAAUCCCCCAACACAUCUUCUGAUCAAGCUGCAGCAGUGACUUCAGGAGAAGAAACUCACACAAAAGUUUUUUUUUUGUCGUUGUCUUGUCUCCUGUUCACCACCUGUUGUCCUGUAGUCAGGUGUGUUGUUCUAGAGCUUCAUGAUGCAGACGAUGCAGACCCAGAUGAUGCAGAACCAGACGAUGCAGAACCAGACGAUGCAGAGCAAGACGAUGCAGAACCAGACGAUGCAGAGCCAGACGAUGCAGACAUCAGUAGACUAUAAUAAUGGAUACACGAUGCAGACAUCGGUAGACUAUAAUAAUGGAUACACGAUGCAGAUGCAGGAACAGCAGAAUAAUGACUACACCAUCCAGGAUGACGAGUGGGACAGAGACCUGCUCCUGGACCCCGCCUGGGAGAAACAGCAGAGAAAGACUUUCACAGCCUGGUGCAACUCUCACCUGAGGAAGGCUGGGACUGGGAUUGAGAACAUCGAGGAGGACUUCAGGAACGGACUGAAACUCAUGCUGCUGCUUGAAGUCAUUUCUGGUGAAAGACUUCCCAAACCAGACAGAGGGAAAAUGCGCUUCCACAAGAUAGCCAACGUCAACAAAGCUCUGGAGUACAUCACCAGCAAAGGAGUCAAGCUGGUCUCCAUUGGAGCUGAAGAGAUUGUGGACGGCAACAUUAAGAUGACUCUGGGAAUGAUCUGGACCAUCAUUCUGCGCUUCGCCAUCCAGGACAUCUCAGUGGAAGAAACCUCUGCUAAGGAAGGGCUUCUUCUAUGGUGCCAGAGAAAGACUGCCCCCUACAGGAAUGUCAAUGUCCAGAACUUCCAUGUCAGGUGAGUCCAUUUACUGAGUGAG